CAGCUUCUAAUUCUAUCAUAUCGUGCCACUCGCUGGAAUAUUACAUGACAGAGAGGCCGAUGAUACGCGUCGAAUGUCGUUACGAGUUCAGGUUAUAAACCGGUCUUUCAUCGUUGCCGUCAUACAGUCGCAUAGUAUACAUGACAACACAUGCCGUAUAGGCACGCAUUUAUACUUCAUUAUACAUCAUUACUGAGCGACUUUAGUUGUCAACAACGAUACAUCAGGAAAACUGAAUAUUACAUAGCAUUAGUUCGAACUCCGUUUCCGUUGACAUUUACUGUUAAGAUUCCAAGUUUUGUUCAGGAUUUGUUCCUCUUAUCUGCACUGAAACGAACUCGAUGUACAAUCGAACAUUGUAGGAAGAAGGGAAAGAACUAAUACAAAAAGUUUAGCCAAAGAGAACAGACUUCUAUCUGCCUAUACCUAGAUGAAACGUCUGUCAAAACUCAAAACGAAGAAAUGGCAUUAGUAGCUAUAAUAAAGAUGUCUACCGCACCUCGAAAUCGCCUAAUCACGUAAUUAUUAAUACAUAAAUUAUUACAUAAAAAUAUAUAUCAAAAUGAAGGUAGCAAAUAUCAUGCGCAGCUGCGCACAAUAUAUUUACGAAAUAUCAGGAUAAUCGCGAGUCGAAUUGAGAUUUGCGCGAUAUGCACAGCGGAUAAAAAAGGGAUCAAUCGUCAGCUGUAACCAACGGGGAGUAACAUCGAUAUCCUCCUAACUUUCGUUUAUCGUUGGAGAUACUACUCGACGAUUCGAGGCGACAAAAAUGCACUUUCGAUCUAUUUUCGUAAAAAGAAAGUGAUUGCGCGCGGCGCAAAUAAAAUGUAGAUGCGACAUGCGUAGAAUGUCAAGCAGGCAGUUUACGUUGUUGCUGACAGCUGCAUAAAUACUAUGCACACGGUACGGCCGUCGCGGUUUAUAAUGAUAAUAAUUCGCGAGCACGAUUGCUUGAUAAGCACCGAUAACGGCACGCACACAUCCUCUCGUUUAUCGCUUAAUUGACACACUCGGGUUGCAUCGCGCGCGUCUAAUGAACGCACUCGGGACCCCAGUAGACCAGUUUCGAUUCAUCAGCAGGUCGACCCGGAUGACCCAGAGUGUCGGCCGCGGUUAAACGAAUUAAUUAAUCCAUUUGUGCCAUCCCGCCGCGAUAAAAUGCGGUCCGCGAGUAAUCGAAUAUGCUCAUUGAAUUAGGCUGAAAAAGGAAGGAACGCGCAGUUACGUCGCGCUAAUUGCUCCGCACCAUCGGAUGCAGCAGUGCUGGUGCGCUGUACGCGGGAUCCGCGAGAUAACAAAACUAAUUACAACGGCCAACACGUUGCCCAGACAGCGUGCCAAUCUGUCGCACUCAAAGAUGCAGUGGCUAGCCAUGAUAAUGUGCCUGUAUGUCGGGGUAGCCAGUGCACGCAUGGAAGAGGAUCACCAGGCAUCGAGUGUAAGUGGAAUCUCCAGCUCUCUGCCGGAGCAGUGUUUCUACAUGCAACCGGCGGACUGUCCGGAUCUGGACGCCGAUUCGAACAAGUGCCCUUGCAAAAGAAUCACGACGUUCGUGAAUGCACCAGAGGGUAACGCUGCACUUUGUUGCAACACGGACAGGCAGGCUCUAGAACAUGGCCUUUCUUGCAUAGGCUUCCAACAUUCGAACAUAAGUUAUGUACAUAUACGUAACGCGACCUUGGAGGUAUUUAACGUGAGCGAGAUUCGUUGGAGGAGGCUGAAAUCCUUAGCCAUAACCGAUGGCAGGAUUAAGCGGGUAAAGGGACAGUUCCGCAUGAUGACACCGACACAGUGCCUGAAUCUUUCGAACAAUGCGCUGGUCGAGGUAGAGAAUAACUCGCUGACGCGAUUAGCGCAGCUCACCACUUUGGAUCUGUCUUAUAAUAAUCUCACUCACCUUCCAGCUUUAAAUACGAUAAACGGUCGGGAAUUCUGGCUAGACAUCUCAGGAACAAAUACACUUUGGUGCCACGAUAUAUAUCAGUAUAUCAAUAAAACCGGCGAGAAACAAAUCACUUUUAAUCGCGAAAAUAAAACAGUGUGUUCCGCUAGCAAAACAUGGCAUUGGUUUAAUACUACUGAACAAGUGCCACUUACGCAAGUGCUUUAUCUCAGUUUACUACAAACGGAAUGUCCGAAGGGGGAUACCUGGCAAUGUCAGUGCGACAUCAAAAGAUUGGAUAUUAUCGAAGGCAAGCCACCUACUCAUGCUGUAAAUGUAGACUGUAGCGGAAUGCAGUUAACGGAAUUACCUGAAAAAUUACCGCAAAACACUAUAGCGCUUAAUGUUUCCUAUAAUAAUAUCACAGUUCUAGAUGCUCUAAGCACUAACCCGUGCUACGAAGAUCUACGUGAAUUCUACGCCGACUACAAUAACAUCUCUUCGAUAAAUAGAUUGGAGGGUUCAAAGUUCCUCGACAAUUAUGCCCUGCUUAGUUUACGAUACAACAAAAUUAAAUCGUUACCAACGUACAUACUAAGUCCAAGCGCACAUAAUAAGAAUUUCCUGAGUUCGAGGAAUUUGGUCAAAUUGGGAGGCAACAAGCUACACUGCGACUGCAACACUGCUAAGUACUUAAAGGCAUGGUUGCAAACGCGGAUAUUGGAUUCUGACGAAGUAAUGUGCGAAAAUGUAAAGGAAAAAGUCAUAGACCUAGAGCCGUCAAAGAUGUGUGUCUAUCCGGGAGAUUGGACGGAUUAUAUAUACUAUAUUAUCGCUACUGAAGUGAUACUUCUCUUAAGUUUGAUAGCCAAGGUAUUAUAUGAUUACUGGGUAUUUAAGACUGCAGGAUAUCUUCCGUGGCCGGCAAACAAAAUGCCGAAAUUGCCGUGCGAUUGGAUGUUUGAGUAGAUUGCGGAUUUUCACUCUUACCACGAAUGUACAAUAAAAGAUACGAUACUUGUAGGAUAUACUUGCUAAGGUAUCGUGAUAUUUUGUCAAUUAUUCAGCGCUACUGAAGAGGAUUUUAUCAUAUUUUUAGCUCUUCCAUUAAAAAAAAAAAGAAACAAAAAAAACAGGGUUUUAAAGUAAUCUCCGCAUAACUCCAUGACAAGCAUUUUGAUAAAAUGUAUUACUACUUGUGAAGUAUAUUAAAUGAUUAUUAAAA